AUGAUGGAGAUGAUGAUGAAGAAGGAUGCUGAGACGGAGCAGACAUUUAAAAAUCAUGCUGCCACCAUCCACAAUCUUGAGGUACAUAAUCCGCAGAUGGUUAAAGCACUGCAGAGCAGAAAUCAAGGGGGUUUACCAUCCACUACUGAGGAAAACCCCAGAGGUCACCUCAAGGCUAUUGAGUUGAGAAGUGGGAAAGCACUGGAUGAUUCAUAUGCAGGACGUGCUACAGUAGUUGAUAAACCACCUCCACCACCUCCUUUUGUGCCAAAGGUGCCAUUCCAACACAGAGUGAAGAAGCCGCAAGACACUUGCAAGUUUCACAAACUUCUUGAAACUUUCAAGAAGCUGCAGAUAAACAUCAGUCUGGCAAAUGCAUUGAGAGAGAUGUCGCACUAUGCAAAAUUUCUCAAGGAGAUCAUCACCAACAAGCAGAGUUGGGAUGCAGAGGGACCAGUAACAAUGACAGAAAAGUGCAGCUCAAUCAUAUUGAGUAACCUACCGACCAAGCUUAAGGAUCUAGGGAGUUUCACUAUCCCUUGCAAUAUCGGUAACAUGCAAUCUGUUAAUUGCCUUUGCGAUUUAGGUGCCAGUAUUAAUUUGAUGCCCUUAUCCCUUUUUUGUAGUAUGUUUGGUGAUCGACAGGUACAGUCUACACUAAUGAUGCUGCAGCUAGCGGAUCACUCUCUGAAGAAGCCACAUGGGAUUGUGGAAGAUGUCUUAGUUAAAGUCAACAAAUUCAUAUUCCCCGUGGAUUUUGUUGUCCUUGACUAUGCUGCAGACAAGGAGUGCCCGAUGAUAUUGGGGCGACCAUUCAUGUACUCUGGGAGAGCACUUAUUGAUGUUCACGAUGGCAAGCUGACUUUGAGGAUUGGGGAUGAAAGCGUCGAGUUUGACAUGAGAAAAAUCACACGCCAUCCCAAUUCAGGAGGAGAAUGUAUGCGGGUAGACAUGAUGGAUGAGUUAGUGGAAGAGAAACUAGCAGAAAACAAAGCCAUCAUGCCUUCUAUGCCGAGUAAAGAGGAAGAAGCUGAAGAGGAGGAGUACAUAGAGGAACCAGUCCUUGAACCGGUGUUAAAAAGCAAGCACAUUACUCCUUCCUCUUCCGAGAAGCCACCAAAAGUGGAACUCAAGAUCUUGCCUGCACAUUUGCGAUAUGCCUUCUUGGGAGCUGAUAGCACUUUACCAAUUAUCAUCAGCAACAAGCUCACCAAGAACUAG